GGUUUUUUUUUUUUUUUUUGGUCAAGAAAAGAAAAUAAAAACCGCAUUUUAUUAUUCUGCCAGAGGAAAAUUCGAGACCCAAACCACGACGACAAUCAGGAAUCCAGGGUAACCAGUCAAUGUCUACGUGGCAGAUAUUAUCCGGGGACGGAAAAAGUUUCCGGUGGGAAAUCUCCGAUCAAAACGUCGAGACUCAACACCAAGACGAACCAGGAAAUGGCAACUCGUCUCUUAUUCAAGGGCACGACUCAAGCUCUAGUUUACCUUCCAUGGCCGAUCUCUUGCUUCAAGGAUGUUCGAAGCUUCUUGAGAAUCGCGAUGAAGGCGUUGCUAAGUUCCCGAUGUUCAAAACUGGACUAGGGAGGUCAGUUGAGGUGAAACAGUCUUCCAUAGCCAAAGCAUUAUCGGUUCUUGGAAAUGAUGCUGAUAUGGAAGGAGGUGAAAUACAAGCUAAAGACAAUGAAAAUGGUUUCUCUAAUUCAUUUUUCCAGACAGGCCAUGUGCAAGCUGGAGAUGAUGAAUUUGGUUUCUCUAGUUCAAUUUUCCAGACGGGCCAUGUGGAAGCUAGAGCUGAUGAAUGUGGUUUCUCUAAUUCGCUUUUCCAGACGGGCUCAGGGAAAUUAGUCAAUAUAUCUUCAGAUGGUCUUGCCAGAGCAAAGACCUUGUUGGGUUUGGAGGCAGAUAAUGGUCCUCCUAAUGUUGAUGUAUCAGUUUCAAGAUCUUCACUGAUUCAUAAGACUGAUUUUGGGCAAAGUAGAUUUAAAAAUGGGGCAAAACCUCAUUUUAUGCAAUCCACAAUGCAGAAUUCGGCUCCCAAACCGCCACCAAUCAAGUUCCAUACCGCAGGUGGAAGAUCAUUAUCUGUCUCCAGCGAUGCACUGCAACGUGCAAGGAGUCUUCUUGGUGACCCAGAGUUGGGAACUUUCUUGAGUGAAGGGGAUACAAAUGAUUCAGUUUUUGCAUUUCCAAAUGGGAGAAGUUUUAAUGGGAGUUUGUUGAAUGGGGAAAAUGAUUCUUGCUCUAGCUUAUCUAAUCAGGAAAUGGCUAAGAGCAAGCAUGCAUCUAAAAGCUUUGUAUCUCCUUUUCGCUCAACUUCUAAUCAAUUACAGCUGGCACUCAAUUCAGGAACUAAAAAUUUAGGGGCCAACUUGAUAAACCAAUUUGAUGCUGUUAGUGAUGAUAAUAUUUGCUGGCCAAACAGCAACACAACUUGUUUGCAGAAGCCCCUAAGUAAUGGAUCCUCGGUGUCCAAUACAGUAGUAGAUAUCUCUUUGGCAAAUGAUAUUGCUUUAAGGAAGAAUCCAGUUGGAAUGUCACGAGGAGGGCAUUUGGUUGAUAUAUCAAAUACAAUUGGCACAAAGAGUAUGGGCAUUAAACAACCAACUAAUGAAAAGAAGAGAAUCGGAAGAACUUCUGUCUCUCCAUUCAAGAGGCCUCGUAGCUCUAAAUUCACCACUCCUGUCAAUAAGAAUAUCCCUUUUGUUCCUAAGGGUCUUUCUACUUUGUCCUCUAAACAUUCCUGUUGCAAAGGAAGGGUUUCCAUUCGAUAUCCUUUCCAGGUUAAAAGAAAGUACAUCAAGGAAUAUUUUGGAGUGCCUCCAUCAGAAAAUAACAUGUUGGCAUGUUUCUCAGAUCAGGUCAGAUGGAUCAGAUCAGAUAAUGCAGAAAAGUAUACAUUUCCUGAUUCCUCUGGCGUAAGUUGCAUAGGAGCAGAAGCAUUUUUCCACAUGCUCGGUCAAGCUGGAGCUUCCUCACAAUUUGCUUCCAAAGAGUGGGUAAUGAAUCACUACAAGUGGAUCAUCUGGAAACUGGCAUGUUAUGAGAGAUGCUAUCCAACUAAAUGCGCUGGAAAAUUUUUGACAAUUUCCAAUGUGCUUGAGGAAUUGAAGUAUAGAUAUGAAAGAGAAGUGAACCAUGGUCACCGUUCGGCAAUUAAAAGAAUUCUUGAAGGGGAUGCUUCACCUUCCACAAUGUUGGUCCUAUGCAUUUCUGCAGUUUGUUCAAAUUGUGAACCACAGAUUGAGGAUAGCACUACAGAUCUAGAUCAGGCUGAAACUAAUGGUGCUACAAAAGUUGAACUAACGGAUGGGUGGUAUUCAGUAAAUGCUGUUUUGGAUGCACUGCUGUCAAAGCAGCUUGCUUCUGGAAAAAUGUUUGUUGGACAGAAACUUCGGAUUUGGGGAGCAGGAUUGUUUGGCUGGGUUGGGCCCGUUUCACCACUUGAGGUUCCAAGAACAGUUAAUUUACUGCUGCACAUAAAUGGAACAUACAGAGCUCAUUGGGCUGAUCGACUGGGAUUUUGUAAGGGUGUUGGUGCUCCUUUAGCAUUUAAAAGCAUAAAGGGCAAUGGGGGACCAGUUCCUCGGACAUUAGUUGGAAUCACACGAAUAUACCCCGUUCUCUACAAGGAAAGGUUAAGUAAUGGAAGAUCAAUUGUGAGAUCAGAGAGAAUGGAAACUAAGGCGGUGCAAUCAUACAGCCAAAGACGCUCUAUUAUUAUAGAGGGCAUUGUUUCUGAGUUUCAAAGAGGGAUAAAACAUCCAAAUACCCAUAAUGAUAGUGACAGUGAAGAAGGGGCAAAAAUUUUGAAGAUACUAGAGACAGCCUCUGAACCUGAAGUUUUAAUGGCAGAGAUGAGCCCAGAGCAAUUGAGUUCUUUUGCAUCGUAUCAAGCGAAAAUAGAGGCAAUAAAGCAGUCUGACAUAGAGAAAUCAGUUGAGAAAGCAUUAACAGAUGCUGGCUUAGGUAAGAGAGAAGUCAACUCAUUUAUGAGGGUAAGAGUGGUUGGACUAACGAGUAAACUCUAUCAAGGAAAGGACAUACCUAAAGAAGGCUUGAUAACAAUCUGGAACCCCACAGAGAAGCAGCAAACUGAGCUGGCUGAGGGUAAGGCAUAUGAUAUUUCGGGACUUCUACCAAUAAAUACUGAAGGUGAUACCAUUUACCUGCAAACAAGAGGAUCCACAGUCUGGCAUCCUUUAUCUCCACAAGCAAUAGAACAUUUCAAACCAUUUUUCAGACCUCGUAAGUCAGUGCAACUGUCAAAUUUGGGUGAAGUCUCUCUUUCCAGUGAGUUUGAUAUAGCUGCAUUUGUUGUCUUUGUGGGGGAGGUCUACAGAGCUGCUCAUGUAAAGAAACAGUGGGUGUUUGUGACAGAUGGCUCCAUAUCUGAAUUAAAAUCGGAAGAAUUUUCUAAUUCUUUGCUUGCCAUCUGCUUCUGCUCACCUUAUACUGAUGAUGAUGAUUUGUUUUCACCAAUCAACUGUAAUCUUGCUGGAUCAACGGCUGGUUUUUGUAAUAUCGUAAAAAGAGCAAAAGACCAAAUGAAUAAUCUCUGGGUAGCUGAAGCUUCAGAAAAUUCUUCCUAUUUUUUGAGUUUUAACACUCCACAUUGCUCUCACCUCAAAGAUGCAGCUGCCUCUGCUGAAAGAUGGGCAAAGAUCUCUACCUUGACUACUGAUAAACUUAGGCAGAAGGUUUUAUUUAUUAUUGGUGACUGUAAAGGCUAAAGGUGAAUCGUGAUGCCAAUUGACUGUUAUUGAGUUCAGGAUGGAUGUCAUGAGUUUGUAAUCAAGAAUGCUAAAGAAGUUUCAUCAUCUUAUGGGGCAUUUUUUUCCCCAGCAUUGAAUUGGGAAAAGUUCUUUAGGAAAGAAAUUUGUAAAAGCAUAUUCAGUUAAGACUCGGGCCAUGAAUUUGUUGCUUUUGAUUUAUAGACCUGGAACUGGCUAAGAUAGAAUUAUUUUUUCUGAUAAGCAACUCCAACAAAUAACAGCUUUGGUUAUUGCUCUUUGGGCAAUUUUGGUUCUUCCGUACACUUUCUUCCUAGUGCAGGAAAAGGGCUGGUGGUGAAUUUGCUGGACGUCUGGAUUUGGUAGAAACGUCCAGUCAUGCAAAGUUUUUGCUGGUCGUCAAGUAAUACCAUCUGUACAAAUAGAAAGAAGUUUAUAUUUAUUGUUCUUAUUGAACGAUUUUUUAA